AUGUAUUAUCCACCUCCAGGACCACCUCCGCCGGGACCUCCUCCCCCAUGGGCGGGCUCGGGCUAUCAGCAAGCUCCCUCCCAAUGGCAGCAACCCCCGCACCCCCCGCCUCAGCCCUACCACCAGCAGCCACCGCCAUCCCAGCCUUACUACCAGCAACAUCGCCAGCAACGCUCUUACUCGGGUCCCCCACGUCCCCCGCCAGGUGCUUACCCUGGAGCGCCCCCCAAUGGUCACUCUCCUUCACCACAGCCUCCUUAUGGACACGCACCCUCCCCGCAACCGACCUAUGGCCAGCAGCAUACCCCAUCUCCUCAACCGGGACAUCGCCAAAACUUGAGUGUGAGCAGUUACGGACCACCUCGCUCCAAUUCUCCCAAUCUCCCACCCAGGCCUCCGCAGAAUCUCCAACAGUUUGGCCAUGGUGCGCCAUCCAACUACCAGUUCCAGUACUCGGCUUGUACUGGCCGGCGGAAAGCCCUGCUCAUCGGUAUCAACUAUUUCGGUCAGGCCAAUAAGCUCAAUGGAUGUAUCAACGACGUCACCAACAUGUCCACCUUCCUGCACCAACGCUUCGGGUAUCGUCGCGAGGAUAUGGUCAUCCUCACCGACGACCAAAAGAACCCCAUGAGCAUCCCGACCAAGAAUAAUAUCAUUCGGGCCAUGCACUGGCUGGUCAAGGAUGCCCAACCGCACGACUCUCUCUUCAUCCACUUCUCCGGCCACGGUGGUCGGACACCCGAUCUGGAUGGUGACGAGGAUGACGGCUUUGACGACGUGAUCUACCCGGUGGAUUAUCAAAGCGCUGGUCAUAUUGUGGACGACGACAUGCACGCCAUCAUGGUGCGGCCACUGCGCCCCGGUGUCCGAUUGACGGCCAUCUUCGACUCGUGUCACUCCGGAACCGCUCUAGAUUUGCCGUACGUGUACUCGACCCAGGGUAUCUUGAAGGAACCGAACCUGGCCAAGGAAGCCGCUCAAGAUCUGUUCACCGCAUUCACGGCAUAUAGCCAGGGUAACCUCUCCAGUAUGGCAAGCACCGCCAUUGGUUUCUUCAAGAAGGCAGCAAACGGAGGCCAGGCACGGGAACGUACCCUUCAGACCAAAACCUCGCCGGCCGAUGUGGUCAUGUUCUCCGGCUCCAAGGAUACUCAGACAUCAGCCGACACUUUCCAGGACGGCCAGGCCAGGGGUGCCUUGAGCUGGGCCUUUAUUAAAUCACUGCAACAAUGGCCCCAACAGAGUUAUCUGCAGCUGCUAAACACCAUCCGGGCGGAGCUCGAUGGAAAAUACACCCAGAAGCCACAGCUGAGCUGCAGCCAUCCCCUUGGUAAGUUGAUCUGCAGUACUACCGAAUGGAAUCUCGGGCUGACUCGUGCGGCAGAUGUCAAUCUACGCUUUGUGAUGUGA